AUGUCAGCGAGAGGUGAAACACUCAAAUUAUUAUCAGAACGAGAGACAGAUAAAUGGAGGAUUGAUAGUUCUUUAGUGACCGUCUUUUAUGACGAGAAACUUGGUUCUGGAGCAUUUUCUGUCGUUUACAAAGGAAAAAUUCGGGGUGAAGCUCCGCUGUGUAAGAACAAUCCGAAAACGUUAGCAUUGCAACAAUUUCGAGAUUGCGUUUGUGGGGUUAAAAUGUUGCCGUAUUUUUCUGAUACAGUAGCCUACUCUGACUUUACACAGGAGAUAAACUUUAUGAAAUCUUUGAACUAUCAUCCACACCUGGUAAGCAUGCUUGGUUGGGUAUAUGAUGAGCGAUCACCUAUGCUUCUUGUAGAAUACUGUGGCAACGGAGACCUUUUACAUUUUGUGAGGCUAAAAAAGGAAGAAAUUAUCUACGGUUAUGACAACGCAAAUUGUUUGAAGAUUAAAAACCUUGUUUCAUUUGGUUGGCAAAUCAGCAAUGGCUUGGAAUAUUUGUGCAGCUUAGGAUUUAUUCACCGUGAUGUCGCAGCACGUAACAUUUUAGUGGACAGCAACAAUAUUGCUAAGAUUGGUGAUUUUGGCCUUUGUCGAAAUUCGGAUGGUCACUCUUAUUACGGCCAUCGUAAUCGGCUACCUUGGAAAUGGAUGGCUCCAGAAUCUUUAGAAGCAGUGAAGUUUUCGGAAAAGUCUGAUGUAUGGUCGUUUGCGGUAGUUCUUUACGAGAUUUUUUCUUUUGGUGCCACUCCUUACAACUUGGUCGAAGCACCUCGUUUGUUGGCGUAUCUUAAAUCUGGUCAAAGGCUUUCUCAACCGACUCACUGCCCAACAGCAAUUUACUUAAUAAUGGAAAGAUGCUGGGAUCUGAAUCCACAAGACCGACCAUCAUUUGGAGAGCUGUCCCGAGAACUUGCUGCGAUUUUAGAAAAUGCUACGGACAACUAUGGUUAUGUUAUAGCAACUUCAAAUUAUCAACAAUCAGACACAGCAGACGAGUGA